AUGGCCGAUUGGCAUACACCGACACAGGUAGAAAGAGCACUAACGACCAUGUGGAUGAAACUUGAAAAGUCAAAUGUGCCAUUAAAGGACAUAUCAGAAGGAGAUCUAAUAAGUUACUUUGGUAACAAGGAGCCAGUCGUGCAAAAACUGCAGUAUGAAUUGCUUUUUAACUCGAAUAAGUCAUUCGAUCCGAAAUCAAAACAAGAUAGUUGGAGAAGUAAAGAAGAAAUACGCGACAAUAUUUACAAAGAAGAAGAGCAACGCACAGUGCCUGUUGUGACGUCCCACCUUUUUGGUCAUCGACUCAAAAACCUGGAAGGACGGUCGUUAAACAACUACAUGUGUAAGGAAGAAAAUAAUAAAUAAAAUACUGAAGAAUACCUAUAUUAUUAAAGAACAAAUUUUUUUCCCUCAUAUUUUGAUGUCACGAAAACUUUCAUGAAUUAUUUUAGACGGUAAAAAAAUUAAUUUGUUAGGUGUGCCCCUCUCUUUUUGAACAUAACUUUACCGACGGUUUCGUGUAAUCUGCAGAAUAUCCGAUCUGGCGUUUUCAUUUCGAACGGAUAAAACCCUUCAUUCAUAAUACUACCUAUAUAAUAUAAUGUAAAUACUGUAAGUUAAUCUUCCAGUUACUGAAUAAAACAUAUUUUAUGGUCCUCUGAAGUUUUGUAGAAACAAUCUUUUACCUCAUUAUUUUUUCAACGGUUUAUAUACAAAUAUUGAUAUUAGAUAUUAAAUUACAUUUUGAGAGAGACAAUUGUACUGAUCUCAAAAAAGACGACCAGUAAAUAUUUUUUUAAAUCCUACAUGCUAUGGUCCUACUGCUGGUUAUUAUAAGUUAAUAGGUAAUACAUAAUACAUAAAUAUAUAUAUAUAUACAGUUGUUAAGACAACCCAACAUUUCUUGGGAAUUUUCUACUGAGGAUAAUACUUUUCGAAUUUCUGAUAGAUGUUCGCAAACCAGCAGUAAUUGCAAGAGGAGAUACUGUAUCGUAAUGGAUCUUCUUCUUGAUCGUCGUAUUCUUUCUCAUUCUCCGUUAAGUUCGUAUCAGCGAUUAUUUCAUCUAAAGUCCGAGUGCUACUGGUUACUGGUUACGGUUAGCUCCCACCUAACAAGCAGCUUUGUUCUAUUUCGUGCGUCUAUUUUUCAACACACUUCUUAAUGCAGAAGGAGGUAUCCCCAGCUCAUUAGCAAUAUCCUUGUUUAAUUUAAAACAAUAUCUUCCUUUUUUUUCCUCGAUCAAUCCUUCGUCGUAUUUUUUCAAAAUGUUGAGUUUGUCCGAAAUCGAUAGCGCUUUACGUUUUAUACCACUACUCACUGGCCAUAACGAAAUAACGAUUGUACACUUGCGAACGAACUGCACUUACUAAACCUCGU